CUUUAUAUAUAAUUUGAUUCCUGAAUAUUGGUAUGCAUCCCGAAAUUUUUCACUCUAGUUGUUGAAUCAUGAAGCUAUACCUUUGCAAGGGAAAGGCUUUUGUUUCUUUGGUAGUCGUGUUGUUAAUCAUGACAGUGAUGGUACGGAAGGGCGAAGGGCACACGUGUGGGAAUACGUUCUUCUCGGCACUGGUGCAGCUAAUACCAUGCAGGACAUCUGUUUCUCCGUUUAGCCCUGUCCCACCAAGCCAGACAUGCUGCAACGCCAUCAAAACUCUUGGACAGCCUUGUUUGUGUGUGCUUGUUAAUGGCCCUCCUAUAUCUGGUGUUGAUCGAAGCAUGGCCUUGCAGCUUCCUGACAAGUGCGCCACCAAUUUUGAUCCAUGCGAAUUAGCAAGGAAGUAAUAUUGUGCAGUGAAGAUCCAGUAAUAAACAUGAGGUCGUUGCGUGAAGUAAUAAGGGGUAGAAUAGGAAUUAGCUUCUUCGCCGUAGAUGGCUUCUAAUAAUUAGCAGCUAAUGUUCAAGUUCCGGAAAACAUUAGGAUGAAUUACAAUAAGUUGUAUAAGUAGUGAAGUAGUACACAGUCAUUUGCAAAUGCAGAGCAAGCCAAAUGUUACUCGGCUUUUAACAUUUUAGGCAUGUUGCUGGUCUUGUUUUGGUUUUGGAUGUGGCUGUUCUGUUUUGUUCUGUUCUGAGCUGCCUGGUUGAAGUGAACGGCUUAAGCUUUGCUUCUUCUUUUUUUUUUUCUUUGGUUGAAUCCUGAAAUUUUGAAAGAUAUCUGUUGUCCCUGUAAAUUUUGUUCGUGAUAUCUGUUCACUUUAAAUAAAACUAUAUGGACUGACUUUCGAGUUUUCUGAA